GUGGAGGCUUGGAAUGUGCUAAUAAACGACUUUAAUGAAAAGUGGCAGUUUCCAAACUGCUUUGGUUCCAUUGAUGGAAAGCACGUCCUAAUGCAGGCACAACCCGAUACAGGCUCGGACUAUUUUAAUUACAAGAAUUUUCAUAGCAUUGUUCUUCUUGCAAUGACAGAUGCGAAUUAUAAUUUUACUAUGGUAGAUGUAGGUGGCAAGGGGAGACAAAGUGAUGGCGGGAUCUUAAAAAACUGCCAAUUUUUUCAUGCUCUAGAGGAAGAUACUUUGAAUCUUCCGGCUCCAAUGUCUCUCUACCCUGAAGGACCAAAAAUGCCAAUGGUGUUCAUUGGUGAUGCAGCAUUUGAAAAUAGUCGACAUUGUUUAACGCCUUUUAAAGGAGCGAAUAGUGGGAAUCUUUCUAAAGAUAAAAACAUUUACAAUUAUCGAUUGAGCAGAGCCCGCAGAACCAUUGAAAAUGCUUUUGGCAUUUUAGUUGCAAUGUGGAGAAUUUUUCGAACCCCGAUCAUGGCUAAUUUAGCCGUUGUAAAAUUAAUUGUCCUAGCCACCGUAUGCUUACAUAAUUUUAUUCUAAAAGAAGAAAAAAAAUUGCCUCGUGAUUUGAAAAAUUAUUGCUCUGCCAACGCUGCCGAUCAAAAUGUAAAUAUUGAUGACAGUGCUUUACAGCCUUCGGAAAUACCUCUGUCAGUGACAGCAAGAAAGAAUCAAGCUAGAGCAAUUAGAAAUCAUUUUAAAGAUUUUUUUAUGGGGGCAGGAAAAGUUCCAUGGCAGGAUAGAGCUAUUUUUGAAGAUGAUAGUUGAGUUAGUAUGUAAAAGAAAUAAAUAAAUAAAUGUUGCACAAAAUUUUCUUCAUCAGUGUGUUUUAUAUAAACUAAUUCGAGA